AUGCGCGUGUUCUUGGCGGUGAGGCCUGUGCCUCUGCUGCUGCGUCUCUUGCGCUCUGUCGGUGCGACAGGCGACACGUUCACGCUGCCGCAGGUCUUCCAUCACCUGGGCGGCUACAUCAAGACGAAGCAACUCUACGACAAGCGGAGGCUACACAUCGUGCACUGCAAGGGCGACCCUCUGGGGGAGCUGUUCGGCGUGGAGAGCUUCUCCCUCAAAGAGCCGAGCUCGUCCCCCAGGUCGCUGGGCGCUCUCCUGGCCAAGGCGCUCGGCAGAGCCGCCACCGACAGACGCAAAGGUGGAGCCAGGCCCCGGCAAGAUUACGCGGCGGGAGCCGUGAAGGGAAGCUCAUUGGCGACGGCCGACGGAGACAAGCGGCAGGUGAGUUUGGCGGUGGCGUCACGAGCACGUCGGAGCGCGCGUGCGCUCGCGCGUGCGGCCGGUGCGAGCGUGGGGAUCGGUGGCCCACACAGCAAGUUGUGGUCAGUCCCAACAGGAACCGCAGCAACGAGGGAGGGAGGAGACGGACACGAGGAGGAGGAGGGCGUUGACGACGAUGUCAAAACGAAGACGUCGUCGGACACCGUCUCCCCCGCUCCCUCGGCUCCCGCGAGCUCCGACCACGACAUCAGCAGCAGCAGUAGCGGCAGCAGCAGCAGCAGCGGCAGCAGCAGCAGCGACGCCAACGCCGCGUGCCUCGUGUGCCUCGUGUGCCAGCACCGGCCCAGGAGCUGCACGCUCGUGCACGGAGAGACGGGCCACCUGGUCACGUGCUGCGCGUGCGCCAAGAAGCUAAAGCGCCGCAACGAGCCUUGCCCCGC